AUGGAUGGCAAUGAAGGAAGGACCUACGUGGACAUGGAUGCUGCUGGGAAGGCCCCUCCCGUCUCAGCACAGGAUACAAGAAAUUACUCACAAACAGUUAACGAUGAUAUGCUAGACGACUUAUUCAAUCAGGAAGGAUUUUCAUAUACAGGAUUGCUUCUUGGAACUAUGAAAAAAAAUGAAGUGAAUCAAAUAAGCGGUGACCAGGGACAAACUAACAAGAACACAGAGGAUGACAAGGUGGACACAUCUACUUCGUUCCUGGACGAAGAAAUUGAUGAUCCAUGGAAUUUAAACAUGUUUGACAACAUGAACCUAGAUCAGGUUACUGAUAAUCCAAGUACAGAGCAAAACUAUGGGAUGAAGCACACAAUGUCAGAGGAUUACCAUGAUCAAGCAUCGACAAGCACGAUUACUGACAACUCACCCAAUCAAACUGAAGAACAGCGCAAGGACAUAACUGAAGAAGAUAUACACACAUUCCUACAAAAUGAAGAGUUAGCUGCAGAGGGAAAGGAAAUGGAGGAGGAUACACCAAAUGAAAGUGACAGCCAGUUAAAACCUGAAAAAGGAAUGCAUUUUCAGACAAGAGAAGAAGCUCAGAAGUUCUUCAACUUGUAUGCAUACACCGCUGGCUUCUCAGUAAGCAUUGUCUCUUCUUACCGUACUACAAGUAAGAAAAGAAACAAUGAAGUCAUACGAUUCACUAUGAAGUGCAACAAGUACGGGAAAAUAAAUGAACAAGAAACUGAGCAAGUUGUAGCACAGAGACAAAGCACGGUCAUAGCGAAAAGUGAUUGCAAAGUUGAGAUGGUGGUCAGUGAGAAGAAAGGAUUCUGGGAAAUUACAGGACUAAACCUUUUGCACAACCAUCAACUCAGCCCUCAAAGUAGGUUUUUCAGAUCACACAUCUACAUGUCUGACGGUGAAAAGGAAAUGAUACGGACAAUGAAAUAUUGCAACAUGCCUACUAGAGACAUGGUUGCUGUCUUGGCAUUCAUAAGAGGAGGGAUGGAACAACUACCAUACAACAAGAGAAAGGUCAGCAACUACAGCAAUUCGAUAAACAAGGAAUUAACAAACAAUGACAUGAUGGAAGUUCUGGACUGGUUUAAAAAGAAAAGAACUGAAAACCCAGGAUUCUAUCACUCGCUUGACUUGGACAAAGAAAACAAAGUCAAGAGUGUGUUUUGGGCAGAUGCAAGGGCAAUACAGUAUUAUGACAUAUGUGGUGACUGUGUGAGCUUUGACACGACAUUCCUAACAAAUAAGUACAAUCUCCCUUUUGCACCAUUUGUUGGAGUGUCACCACACGGAAAAACUUACCUAUUUGCAUGUGCAUUCAUAGUCAACGAAACAUCAGAAAGUUUUCAGUGGUGCUUCAGGGAAUUCAAAGCAGCAAUGGGUGGAAAGCCACCAAAAACAAUUAUAACUGACCAGGACAAGGGCAUGGCAAGUGCAAUACCAUCUAUUUACCCAAAUGCUAUACACAAAUGUUGUUUGUUUCAUAUAAAGAAGAAAAUAGAUGACAAGGGAGGCACUGUAUUUCAAGCAAAUGAAGGCCUGUAUGAGGAACUACAAGAUAUAAUUGACAAGUCCUUGACAGUGCAUGAAUUCGAAACACUAUGGCAGCAAAUGAUAAAUGAGUACAAUGUGGGACAUAUUAAAAUAUUCCAAGAUCUUUGGAAAAGCAGAGAGAAGUGGGUACCAGUUUACUUCAAGAAUCAUUUCUUCCCAUUCAUACAAACAACGGCUAGAAGCGAAGGCACUAAUGCAUUGUUCAAGAAGGGAGUUGGACCACAAUUUAGCAUGACAAGCUUCUUGAGAGAAUACCAAAGAAUAAUGGAUAACAUGCAUGCAAAUGAAGACGAGUUGGAUCAUAAUGCAACUAACAAGAAAGUCCGGGAGAAAAACCGCCCAGACCUCGCCGGCCGCCGCUUCUCCCCGCCGCUAGCGGCCUCGCCACGCCACGCCGUCGCCACCACCGGCUCCGCCUCCCUCCCCUCGUCCUUUCCCACCACACAGCGCAAGCCGGCGAGCCCCCUAUCGCCGGAAUCGAGCACCGCCCGCGCCGCCGGCAACUGCCUAUCGCUGGCGUUUCAGGCCACCUCCGGCCUUGCCGUCACCUCUAGUGGCCUCAGGGUAAACAAGAUCCCAGAUAAGUACAUAAUAGACAGGUGGCGGAAAAGAGAAAGAAAACUUCUGAAACAUAUUGUUCCACCACUAAAUGAGGACAGCACAGUUUUAAGAUUCAAUGUUCUUUCUAGAAUGUUAGGACACACGGCUUCAAAUGGUUCUAAGAACAAAAGAAAAUACCAAUAUUUGCUACAAGAGAUACCAAGACUUGAGGCAGAAAUGGCCAAAAUGGACACAGACACAGAUGAUAUGUCAGCUAUGGGACAGAACAGCUCAUCAAGAACAGUAGUCAAUCUGGAUCCUACAGGUGAAAGUGGAACGACAAUACAAUUACUUGACCCAGAUGUUGCUGAUACAAAGGGCCGCCCUAGAUUACUGACUAUAAAGGAAAGGAUUAAGCAAAAUAAGUUCUAUACCUGCAGCCAUUGUGGUUCUACUAAUCACACAAAGAAAAAAUGUGAUAAGUUGCAUUUGGUCUUCAAUUUGCCAAAGAAGAACAGAGGAAAGAAGAAGAAGAAAGAAAAUGAAGGUACACAAAAAAGAAGGACAAAGAAGCAGAAGCAGUCAAGUCCAGGGACAGAACUAAAGACUGAAAUCUUCAGGGACAAAGCAGAUGACCGCUUCAAAAGAAAUCGAAUCUGA